AUGGCAAAUGCACCCGAAUUACUUGGUUUAGCUAAGAGAGCAAUUGAAGGCCAAAUUUUAGAUGGAGAUUGGUUCAUUGGGGUUCGCUUAUCACAGAGUAAAAUGCCAGAACUGGUUCCCGAAAUUUUUGGCGGUCUACUCAGAAAUACUGCUGCCUUCCCUUUAGAUGAAUUACAAUGCAAAUUAUGUGUUGCACACGAUGCAGAUAAUCCAGGGGAAGCUGUAACUGAAAUCUUUAAUGAGAAGGUAUUAAGUGAGUUCAACAAACGCUGGAAGGCUCUGUGUAAAGCAAGAUGGCCUAAUGUUAGUCGCUGUGAUGAUAACUGGCGUCGGAGCUAUUGGGAAAAAUGCUUGUAUCGUCCUGAUGCAAUAUUACUUACACACAAUGGCGAUCUUAAUGAAAUAAUGGUUACAGAUGAUGUUAUGAAUGACAUUGGCUUAUCAAUAACAGAAACACACUCAAAAAUAUCUUAUCAUUUUCAGCGUUUUGGUCGCCAUGCAAGCUGCCUGGCACUUAAUGCUUCAAAGUUGCGCCACUGUGCCCCUUUGAAAGAAUGCAGUGGAAUUGGUAAUAAACGAUGUACCGAGCCUACAAGUAAGUAUCUACUUCUAUCUGCUUUUGAAUGUACAUCUGCUGUUCAUAACUUUGAACCUGUUGUCGAAAGGACAUGCAGGCUUCUAAAAAUGAACAAGACAACGUUAUCAUCAAUUAAAAUCGAGUAUAGUCAUCCUACUGAAGCUUUUAUUGAAAGAGUAUUCGGGUCUUUAAAUUUGGUUGUUUAUGGAAGACCUGGCGUCAGUAAUUUCUCGGUGACGGAGUCCUGGUUUGAUGAUGGAUUUCUGAAUCUUCCUGCUUUCAAAUUUAUCGAUUCAUUGGUUUUAAAGUGGAGCCAUAUUGCUUGGGAUGUACCUGCUCCCAUUAUUAUGGAUACUUCUUGUCGUUUUACUCAUCUUGAUCUAUCCUAUACUACUAGGUUUAGUAGUAUGCAUCUAGAAGGUGAAGCAAAUUUUUUCUUUGUCCUCAAUUCCAACCGUUUGAAGUCCUUAUGGAUCGCCAGGAAUGAUCUUUGGAAAUGGUCUCCAGAAGUAGCAACUUCUCUAGCUACUUUCUUAGCUCAAUCAACAAUCAAAACUCUCAACAUCGAAGGAAUCGGGCUUGAGGAUGAUGGGUUAGCAAUCUUUCGGGAGGAACUUCCAUUGGUGGUCAAUCUCUCUUACAUCGACAUAAGCAAUAACCACGGUGCAGCCGAGACAACGCUUUUCAUCGAGGAAUUCAUUUCUAGAGCUCCAGGAAUUGUUGACAUCAAGGCAUCAAAUCACUUGAUACCGGAAGAAUCACUUCAGGAUUUGAAGGCGACUCUUGCAGGCAUCAGUUCUUCACUGUCUCCAUUUUUUAGGAUAAUUUGCUAUAUUAGAGAUAAUGGGGUAAAAACAGUUAAUGGCCUGUUAAAGGUGUACACUGCUCUCCAUGUAACUGUGUGGAUUUUGUGGGAACAAGAUGAGUACUGUUGUCUGAUUGCAAGGUUGAGUUUCACGGGAAUGACUGCGCGUUUGGGUCGUGAAUACGAGCUACUAGAGAAUGAUGUUCAACAGUUGAUACGAGUCCAACCCAUGCAUAGAGACCCAGCUUUAGGGUCUAUAGAAGCACUGAUGACCUUUGUAAGGUUCUCAGUGGCUUCUUAA